AUGCUGACUCAUGGGGAUUCUUCGUUGUUGGCGCAGAUGGGGAAGGUCGGGGAGAGGCUGGACAUCGACUUCGUGGUCUCCACCGGCGACAACUUUUACGAGAAUGGCCUCACCGGCGUCCAUGACCAGCAGUUUGAAGAAUCCUUCACCAAUAUCUACACCGCCCAGAGCUUGCAGAAGCCGUGGUACCUCGUUCUCGGAAACCAUGACUACCGGGGCGAUGCGCUCGCACAGCUUGACCCGGUCAUGCGCAAGCUCGAUGAGAGAUUCGUUUGCAUGAGAUCAUUUCUUGUCAAUGCAGAGAUCGUGGAGUUCUUCUUCAUCGACACCACUCCAUUCCAACUCAAGUACUGGACUCACCCCAAAGACAGUCACUACGACUGGAGAGGAGUGGCGCCUCGAAAGGACUACAUAGCUAAUCUGCUGAAGGAUUUGGAUGAGGCAAUGAAGAAAUCAACUGCAAAGUGGAAGAUUGCUAUUGGGCAUCAUACCAUGAGGAGUGUCAGUGACCAUGGGGACACCGAGGAGCUCCUGCAAUUGCUUCUUCCAGUCCUCAAGCAUCGACUUCUACAUCAAUGGGCACGACCACUGCCUCGAACACAUUAG